GGGGUAGGGCGGACUCCGGAUGGCCCCAGGGCGAGCGCGUUUCUCGGGCCCGGCUUGCGUCCAUUCAUUCUGCUGGAGCUCGCAGCCGGCCGGGCGAGCUGGGCGUAACGGCGAACGGGGUUUGCGUCGGGCCUCCAGCUGCUGGGAGCCGCUGCCCCCUCCGUGGCUGCCCAUCCCAUGGAUGGGAAAACUGAGGUGCAGACAGAUUAGGUACCUUGAUUAGAUCUCAGGACCACCUGACCCGGAGACCCUGCUCCUAACCAACCGAGAACAAGGGCCGCCCUGUCGUUUUUCUGGGGCGUGGGGAAACUGGAUGAUCGUUAUAGAAACGACCAGAAGGCAGGAGAGAGAAACAUGGCGGCAAGGCGGAUGGCACAGGACUCUUUGGACACCGUAUUACAGGAGAAAUCUAAACGGUAUGGGGAUUCUGAAGCUGUUGGCGAAGCUCUCCAGCUUAAAGCUCAAGAUCUCUUAAGGACAGGCUCAAGAGCCAGAGCAGAUGUCUAUGAGGAUAUUCACAGUGAUAGCAGGUACUCCUCCAGUGGAUCUGGAGUGUACUCACUAGACUUGGGAAGAGAGAGCCUGAGAGGUGACAUGUUUGCGGGACCCACCUUCAGAUCCAGCAACCAGUCCGUUGGUGAGGACAGCUAUCUUCGAAAAGAAUGUGGCCGGGAUCUGGAAGCGGCCCAUACUGACUCCCGGGACCAGAGUUUUGGCCACCGAAAACUGGGACAUUUUCCUUCUCAGGACUGGAAGCUUGCACUCCGUGGCUCUUGGGAGCAAGACUUGGGCCACCCAGUUUCUCAAGAAUCCUCCUGGUCACAGGAAUAUGGUUUUGGGUCUUCAGUGUUGGGGGACUUGGCCUCCUCCAGGCGGUUGGAGAAGGAGAGUCGGGAUUAUGACCUGGACCAUCAUGGCGAGGUGGACGCUGUGUCUAGAGGCAGUGGGCAAGUCCUGGCCAGAGGCCGGUCUCUUAACAUGGCUGACCAGGAAGGCACUCUCCUAGGAAAGGGGGACACUCAGGGCCUGCUUGCAACAAAGGGUGUCGGGAAGCUUAUCACACUGAAAAGCAUGACCACGAAGAAAAUACCUGUUGUCGGUCGUAUUACUUCCAAACCUCAGGGCACUAACCAAAUCCAGAAAGCCACCCCAAGUCCUGAUGUGACCCUCGGAACGAAUCCAGGGCUGGAUGAAAUCCAGUUUGCUGCUCUAAAGAUCCCCUUGGGCCUGGACCUGAGGACCCUCAGCUUCCCCAGAAGGAAGCUGGGCUUUGAUGCCAUGGACAAGGCAGAUGUGUUCUCAAGGUUUGGCAUAGAAAUCAUCAAGUGGGCGGGGUUCCACACCAUUAAGGAUGACCUCAAGUUCUCCCAGCUCUUCCAGACUCUGUUUGAACUGGAAACUGAGACCUGUGCCAAGAUGUUGGCCUCCUUCAAAUGCUCCUUGAAACCGGAGCACAGAGAUUUCUGCUUUUUUACUAUCAAGUUUUUAAAGCACUCUGCUCUGAAAACACCCCGAGUCGAUAAUGAGUUUUUAAACAUGCUUUUAGACAAAGGUGCUGUGAAGACCAAAAACUGCUUCUUCGAGAUCAUCAAGCCCUUCGACAAGUACAUCAUGCGGCUCCAGGACAGGCUGCUGAAGGGCGUCACGCCCCUGCUCAUGGCCUGUAACGCCUACGAGCUGAGCGUCAAGAUGAAGACCCUCACUAGCCCGUUGGACCUGGCUGUGGCCCUGGAGACCACCAAUUCUCUGUGUAGGAAGUCCCUGGCGCUCUUAGGCCAGACCUUCUCCUUGGCCUCCUCCUUCAGGCAGGAGAAGAUCCUAGAGGCUGUGGGCCUCCAAGACAUUGCUCCAUCUCCUGCUUCCUUCCCAAACUUUGAGGACUCCACUUUGUUUGGAAGGGAAUACAUAGACCACCUGAAGGCCUGGCUCAUGGCCAGCGGCUAUCCCCUCCAGGUCAAGAGGGCUGUGCCUGCAGAGCCCAGAGAACAGAAAACCGCAUCUCAGCCCUGGGCUGCAAGCACUCUGAGCCAAGCAGUCCCCCAGCGGGCGGAUCACAGGGUGGUGGACACUAUUGAUCAGCUUGUCAUGCGUGUCAUCCAAGGCAGGCUGUCUCCCAGAGAGAGAACACUCCUCCUGCAGGACCCUGCUUACUGGUUUCUGUCUGAUGAGAGCAGCCUGGAGUAUAAAUACUACAAGCUGAAGUUGGCAGAGUCACAGCGGCUGAACCACAGCUGGCCCACUGUGGAGCGGAGGCCAACGCCAGCACAGUGUGCAGUGCGUGCCAUGCUGUAUGCACAAGCUGUGCGCAGUCUCAAGCGCAGGCUCCUCCCAUGGCAGCGCAGGCGGCUGCUGCGCUCCCAGGGUCCUCGAGGUCUGAAGGCCAAGAAAGCUGCCACUGCCCAGCACACAUCCCUGUCCUCAAGCACUCGGCAGAGACACCAUGGCCGCCAGGCUGCAGGCUCCUUGCAGGUAAAGCCACCACCAAGGGACUCAAGUGAUGCUGCUCAGGACUGCCCACCAGAGCCUGCCAAACCCUGUCCUCAGUCCUCCAGCCCUGGAGCCUUGGGCCCGUCUCCUCGGCCAACAACAGGGGAUGACUCAGAAGCCCUGCCAGCCUCUUCUCCCUGCCCUUCUGCUGAUGUGGAUCUGAAGACCAUGGAGACCGCUGAGAAGCUGGCCAAAUUUGUGGCUCAGGUGGGCCCCGAAAUUGAGCAGUUCAGCAUAGAGAACAGCACCGACAACCCUGACCUGUGGUUCCUGCACGACCAGAGCAGCUCAGCUUUCAAGUUCUACCGAGAGAAGGUGCUGGAACUGUGCCCAUCCAUCUCCUUCCAGUCCACUGGUGAGGCGGGGGACUCAGUGCAGAGCCCCACAGCCCGGAAGGAGGGUGAGGGUGAGCCAGAGGAGGGGCGUCCCCAGCAGGAGGCUACACUGGAGGGCCCUGAGGUGCUGCCUGAGGAGGAGGAAGAUGAGGAGGAGGAGGACGAGGAGGAUGAGGGCGGAGAGGAGACCUGCACCCUCAGGCCACAGGUAGGAGCUGCCAAGUGUCCAGGCUCCGAGGGCAGCUCCCCGACUGACAGCAUCCCUGGAGAGGGGUCCAGGGAGGACCAGGCUGGCACCCCUGGCCUGUCACAGACCUCCUCCGGCAGCUGCUUCCCCAGGAAGAGAAUCAGCAGCAAGUCACUGAAAGUUGGCAUGAUCCCUGCCCCCAAGAGGGUGUGUCUCAUCCAGGAGUCAAAGGUCCAUGAACCAGUUCGAAUCGCCUACGACAGGCCUCGGGGUCGUCCCAUAGCCAAAAAGAAGAAACCCAAGGACCUGGAGUUUGCCCAGCAGAAACUGACAGACAAGAACCUGGGCUUCCAGAUGCUGCAGAAGAUGGGCUGGAAGGAAGGCCACGGCCUGGGCUCCCUUGGGAAGGGCAUCCGCGAGCCUGUCAGCGUGGGGACGCUCUCAGAAGGAGAGGGCCUGGGGGCUGAUGGGCCAGAGCAGAAAGAAGACACGUUUGACGUCUUCCGCCAGCGCAUGAUGCAGAUGUACAGACACAAGCGGGCCAGCAAAUAGUUCCAGGGUCACUUCCACAAGGGCCAUGGAUUCCAAAAGCUGUGCUGGCUUGGCCUGCUGUGGCUCUGACGUGCUCCUGUUCCUGGAAGUUCUUGGCGAAGGUUGGUUCUGGUCCCUGGUAAAACGCAGAAGAACACUGGUGAUGUUACACUGGGGCGCUGUUGUGUUUGUGAGGCUCGGAGAUGUCAUGGUGUUGUCGUGUCGAGUGCUCGGAAUAAAUGAGGAGCAGACCCAC